AUGUUCUUCAGAAGCCCAGGACGCUAUGCUGACCUGCAGCUGGAGUUCUCGUCUGCGGUCCGGAACAGCGCCGAGCAGAAGGAGCUCAUCCUCAAACUGGAACACGACCUGAGCAGCAUCCAGACCAUGUCCUCCCUGUCACGCCCUGAUGCUGAGGGGUCUGACCUGACUAGCAUGAUUGACAGCAUCCCUGAGCCAAUCAGAGAGGCCACUGCCAUGUUUACAGGUGUGGCCCCCCAGGGGGAGCUGCCUCAAGGCCAGAUGGACUCUCUCCUCUCCAUAAUCUCCAGCCAGAGAGAGAGGUUCCGCUCACGCAACCAGGAGCUGGAGGCUGAGAGUCGUUCCGUGCAGGUGACCAUGCAGGCCCUGCAGAGUGAGCUGGACAGCCUGCGUGCCGACAACAUCAAGCUCUACGAGAAGAUCAAGUUCCUCCAGAGCUACCCUGGCAGGGUGAGUAGGUUUCUCCAGAGCUACCCCGGCAGAGUGAGUAGGUUUCUCCAGAGCUACCCUGGCAGGGUGAGUAGGUUCCUCCAGAGCUACCCAGGCAGAGUGAGUAGGUUCCUCCAGAGCUACCCCGGCAGGGUGAGUAGGUUCCUCCAGAGCUACCCCGGCAGGGUGAGUAGGUUCCUCCAGAGCUACCCUGGCAGGGUGAGUAGGUUCCUCCAGAGCUACCCUGGCAGGGUGAGUAGGUUCCUCCAGAGCUACCCUGGCAGGGUGAGUAGGUUCCUCCAGAGCUACCCUGGCAGGGUGAGUAGGUUCCUCCAGAGCUACCCUGGCAGGGUGAGUAGUUUCCUCCAGAGCUACCCUGGCAGGGUGAGUAGGUUCCUCCAGAGCUACCCUGGCAGGGUGAGUAGGUUCCUCCAGAGCUACCCUGGCAGGGUGAGUAGGUUCCUCCAGAGCUACCCUGGCAGGGUGAGUAGGUUCCUCCAGAGCUACCCUGGCAGGGUGAGUAGGUUCCUCCAGAGCUACCCUGGCAGGGUGAGUAGGUUCCUCCAGAGCUACCCUGGCAGGGUGAGUAGGUUCCUCCAGAGCUACCCUGGCAGGGCUGGAGGCAGUGAUGACACGGUUACGGUGCGUUACUCCUCCCAGUAUGAGGAGAGACUGGACCCCUUCGCCUCCUUCAGCAAGAGGGAACGCCAGCGCAGAUACCUGAGCCUCAGCCCCUGGGACAAGGUUACACUCAGCCUGGGUCGUGGUAUUCUCUCCAACAAGAUGGCCAGAACCAUUGCUUUCUUUUACACCCUCUUCCUGCAUUGCCUGGUCUUCCUGGUGCUGUAUAAGACUGCCUGGAGUGAGAGCAUCGGUCGAGACUGCUCGGCCUUCUGUGCUAAGAAGUACUCGGAUCACCUACAUCGUUUCCAUGAGAACGGGGACAACCUGUGAUGAGCACGUGGCAGUGUUGUCAACAAGUCGUCAUGGCGAGGCUAAGGACAGACUGGAAAAGCAGCUUUAUUUUCUCCAGUAGCUGCUUUUGCCCACUAUGGGAUGUGCUUUCUCUCUGAUUUG